AUGCCCAGGAUCUCAUGGCAGCUUUCUCAUGCCCCUCAAAACUUCCGGCAGGCAGAAUACGAGAUCGAGACUGUGGUAAAGAAGCAUGGGAAACCUGAACUGCUUGAGACUACACGCCGUGUGUCCAGCGAGAUGCAGCUCGUCCCGUGGCAAAGUCCUCAGGCUUUGGAGUCCAGAGAUCGUUGCUCGGUGCGAGUCCGGGUCCGAGGAGAGAAGGAAACCUCAUUAUGCGAAUGGAGCGAGUCGGUGUCUCUAGAAGUCGGGCUGCUCGAGCCAGGCGACUGGAAGUCUGACUUUAUCAGCGGCCCCUGGCCCGAUGCUGACCCCAAAACUCCCCAACCAGAGGACCUCUUCAGAACGACUUUUCUCACCAAAAGAACGGUGUCGACUGCACGGCUUUACAUCACAGCACAAGGCGUUUACGAGGCGGAAAUCAACGGUGUCAGGGUAGAGGAUUAUUUCCUUGCACCGGGCUGGAAUGAAUACGACCAUAAACUUCAAUACCAAACAUACGAUGUCACGAAGCUUGUCGUCGAGGGGCCCAGCAUCAAUUGUAUUGGAAUUUGCGUCGCUGAGGGAUGGUUCAAAGGCAGGCUGGGGUGGGGUGGAGGUCGACGAAACAUCUGGGGUCAACAAACAGCUGUUCUCGCCCAGCUUGAGCUACGCUACGAUGAUGGGGCAAGCCAGACUGUCUGCACAGAUGAGACUUGGCUGGUAGCCCAUGGCCCCAUCCUGAAGGCUGAGCUAUAUGAUGGAGAAGUCUUCGAUGCCACUGCUGAGAUCAAGGACUGGACAAAGCCAUCCUUCGCUUCGGACUCGGCAAGCUGGACCAAAGCUCGAGUGGUAGCUUGUGCCAUGAAAUGUCGCCUUCAGUCGGGUACGAAAGAACCAACGCGACGCCUCUUAAUCUUGACACCAAGAAGCAUGAUAAAGACACCUGGAGGGAAGCUCAUUCUUGACUUUGGUCAGAACCUGGUUGGCUAUUUGAGAAUACGCAACAUCCAAACCACCCGCGGUACACAUCUUGUCCUCAACGGAAAAGGCAUCGAGUCGUACGAGCCCCGGUUCACCUUCCAUGGCUUUCGCUACGCCCGGAUCGAUGCGUCAACCCCACUCAUUGGAUUUGACCCGUUGCGCGACGUGAGUGCCAUUGUAUGUCAUACGGACAUGCAAGAGGUGGGACAUUUCAGCUGCUCAGACCAGAGGCUCAACAAGCUAUACCAGAACACCAAGUGGAGCAUCAGAGGUAAUUUCUUAUCCAUACCUACAGAUUGCCCUCGACGCGAUGAGCGCCUUGGUUGGGCUGGCGACCUUGCUGUAUUCGCUUCUACGGCUACAUUGUUCUAUGAUUGCUUCGGCAUUCUGCAGGACUGGCUAGAUGAUCUUGCCUUCGGACAGAGAGUGCAAGGGGGCGUUCCACCAAUGAUGGUACCUAACGUGAUUCCACACGUCGAUGAGAACAAUAGCCCGUGGCCAGCGGCCAUCUGGAGAGAUGUAACGAUUCUCGCUCCUCAAGCACUCUUCGAGGAGACAAACGACAAACGAAUUCUCGAGCGACAGUAUGAGUCUAUGACCUCUUACUUAGCUAUUAUACCUCUCGGUGGGGGAAAACAUGCAUAUCUUUGGGAUCCUCGACGAUUUCAGUUCGGUGACUGGCUAGAUCCCAACGCGCCUCCCGAACAUCCCCAAAAGGCCUUGACUGAGCCUGCACUAGUCGCCAACGCCUUUCUCAUCAAAUCGCUCGAGCUCGUCUCCAACAUUGCGGCAUCACUCGGCCACUCUCAAGACCAGUCCAAAUACGAAAGCUGGUGUAGACAGGCACGCCAUGCCUUUGCGGAAAACUUCAUCGUAUCUGAUGGUCGUCUAGUCUCUGACACACAAACAGCAUACGCUCUCGGUAUAUGUUUCAAGCUAUUCAGGUCCGCAGAUGAGACCCAGAGGGGUGGACAGAGGCUUUCUCAGAUUGUUGCCGACAGCUCGUACACGAUUGGAACAGGGUUUGCUGGCACGCCCUACGUGUGCGAGGCUUUAAUGCAAACAGGUUAUGCAGGAGCAGCAUACACUAUGUUAUAUAACGCACAGUGUCCGUCCUGGCUAUAUCCCAUUAUAAUGGGUACUACAACAAUAUGGGAGCAGUGGGAUAGCAUAAGACCAGAUAGCUUUAUCAAUUCAGGCGAGAUAACUUCUUUUAAUCACUACGCGUUCGGUUCGAUAUCCAAAUUCCUUGUAGAGCGCGUCGCUGGUUUGGUCCGCUCAUUGGCAUGGUUCUAUUUGCGGGGUAGAACCGAGAAGAACGAGAAGAACGAGAAGAACGAGAAGAACGAGAAGAACGAGAAGAACGAGAAGAACGAGAAGAACGAGAAGAACGAGAAGAACGAGAAGAACGAGAAGAACGAGAAGAACGAGAAGAACGAGAAGAACGAGAAGAACGAGAAGAACGAACGGGCGGUUCGGUAA